AUGGCGCCCGCUUCCUCUUCCAAGAAGCGAUCCAACCGCUUCGACGACGACGAAGAAGAUAUCGGAGUGCCGGCCGCCCUCGGCAUGGGCGAUGCGUCCUUUCCAGGCAGCAAGAAGAAGCGGCCGCCGCCGCCGCCAGAGGAAAAGGAGCUCAGCCUCGAGAAGCUCAUCUUCGGAGACAGCCGGCUCCUCUCCACGGCCGCACCUUCUUCGAACCGCAAGGGCGCCGGUAACGCCUCGCACCUGCAUGCGCAGAACAGCACUAUCAACGGCGACGAAGUGGAACAAGGCAGGCAGGAAGCUGUGACCGAUGAUCAGCUCUUUGUCCUCGAUACCGGCACCGGAGCCGACGACGACGACGACGACGGUCUGCAGGGAGCCGCCAGCGACGACAACGGAGACGAGCAAGACCAAGAAGAGGACGACGACGACGACGAGACCGACUACGAGGCUACCCAGUCCGCAGACGGCGAUGGUGACGACUCCGAGGACGGCGAGCAGAUCCUAAUCGAUGGGCCAGGCGCAUCCUCCGCGGAUGCCGGCCCGUCAAAGUCCAAGAAGCCGCGCAAAGUCUCGGUGUGGACGGACCCGGACGAUGCCACCGUGACCAUCGCCCUUGCCGGCCGGGAUGCUGUCGCGGUCGACGGCUCGAAGCGGGGCACCAAGAAGCUUCGGCGCCUGCGCGAGGAGGCCGGCGAGACGAGCGUGAGCGGCCUCGAGUACGAGCUGCGGCUACGGAAGCAGUUCGAGAAGCUGCACCCUCGGCCGAUGUGGGCCUCGCUCCGCCUCUUCAGCCGGCCGCAGCAGGACGAAGCUUCGGCCCAGGCGACCGAGGACGAUCCUUCGUUCACCAUCACCGACGAGAGCAGCCGGACGCUCACCGACCUGCUGCAGAGCGACAGCGGGCUGCUGGGCACCUACUCGGACGCCAACGGCAAGUCGAUCAAGGCGCGCGGCAAGCUCAAGGCCGGCGAGAUCGAGGUGGACCGGCUGCGCGACGCCAACAGCGCCCAGACGUCGUACGCCAUGGCCCACGACGAGGCGGCGUCGGCCAUCGAGAUGCUCCAGUUCCAUCCGAGCGACCGCGCCAGCGUCCUGAUGACGGCCUCGCGCGACCGCCGCGUGCGCCUCUUCCAGAUCGACGGCAACACCAAUCCGCUCGUUCAGACGCUGCACGUGCCGGACAUGCCCAUUCAGAACGCCAGCUUCCACCCGUCGGGAUCCUCGGUGCUCAUCUCGGGCACGCGCCCCUACCUGUACGCCUACGACCUGCAGGCGGGCCGGGUGAUCCGCUCCUCGCCGUGGCGCGGCAGCGGCAGCAUUAUGUCGUCCAGCUCGGGCGACGACGGCAUCGAGCGCGACCUCUCGAUGGCCCGCUUCCAGCCCGGGACGGGCGAGGGCGGCAACCGGCUGCUCGCCAUCGGAGGCAGGAACGGCAACGUCCACCUGCUCGACUGGGGCCGCUCGGGCGCCUCGGGCGGAGCGCGCGUGGGCGGCUUCCGCAUGAACGCCCCGCUGGCAGGCCUCUGCUGGGACCCCUCGGCGCACUACGACCGCGGCAUCGACGUGCGGCGCGGCGCGGGCGGCAAGGACCACGAGCUGCUGACGCUGUCCAACGAGGGCAGCGUCCACGUCUGGGACAUCCGCAACACGGGCACCGAAGUGUCGUGCGUGUCGAUCUGGAAGGACCAGGGCCUGUUUGGCGCCAAGGAGCUCGAGGUCAGCCCCAACGGCAGGUUCUGGAGCGUCGGCAGCGACAACGGCAUCGUCAACAUCUACAAGCGGCCGGGCCGGGCGGGCGAUGCGGCGGCCGACGACAGCGGCGCCACGUUCCAGUCCAACGAGGCGCCCGGCGGCCUGAUUGAGCCGCUCAAGGAUAUUGGCAACCUGACGACGGCGAGCACGACGCUGCGGUGGAACCACGACGGGCAGAUUCUUGCGCUGGCGUCGAGGAAUAAGAAGGAUGUGCUCAAGCUUGUCCAUUUCCCGACGAUGAAGGUCUUCUCCAACUGGCCCACGUCCGGCACGCCGCUGGGCCACGUCACCUCGGUCGACUUUUCACGCGGCAGCCAGUACAUGGCCAUCGGCAACGGCAAGGGCAAGGUCCUCCUGUACGCGCUGCGGCACUACCUCUGA